UAAGAAGUCACAAACCUCUCAGUAACAUCCAGUGGUGAUCCCUUCUGCAAGGACUGGACGACACUCCAACCAUGCUUUUUCUAGUGUGCAUUGUAUCUUUGCUAUCUAGUCAUGCUCUUUCUUCUCCUGUGCCAGACGAUCCCUUAUUUAAGUACAUUGAUGAUCAUAAACAUGAAUAUAUUCAGCGAUUGAAGGAAAUGGUGGCAAUAGAAAGCGAUUCCAGUGAUCCUUCAAAAAGAGAUCAGGUUUUACAAAUAAUGCAAGUCACAAAGGACUACAUCUUGCAGAUAGGUGGAAAAGUAGAGAUGGCAGAGCUUGGUGAGCAAGAGUUUUCGCCAGGUGUAAAACUCCCUCUACCACCAGUGAUUCUUGCAGAGUUUGGAAAUGACACAAACAAACCAACUGUCUGUUUCUAUGGGCAUAUGGAUGUACAGCCAGCAAAGAAAGUUGAUGGAUGGAAGACAGAUCCAUAUAUCCUCACAGAGGAAGAUGGUAAUCUGUAUGGCAGAGGAACUUCUGAUGACAAAGGACAAGUUCUGGCUUUGCUUCAUGCAGUGGAAUCUGUUAAGGAAUUUGGUCUGCCAGUCAAUGUGAAGCUGUUCAUUGAAGGGAUGGAGGAAGUAGGGUCAAAUGGUCUUGAGCAACUUGUCGAAAAGAAAAAGGACACUUUUUUCUCUAAUGUUGACUACAUUGUGGUAACUGACACACCAUGGCUAAGCACAAAACCAGGCAUCACCUAUGGAGCUCGAGGAAACUGCUACUUUUUCAUAGAGGUUGAAGGUGCAAGGCGGGAUCUUCACUCUGGAGGUUUUGGAGGAACGGUUUAUGAACCAAUGAAUGAUUUAAUUUAUUUACUAGGUACACUUGCGGAUGUGGAAGGCAAAAUUCUGAUUCCAAGUAUUUAUGAUGAUGUUUUGCCUGUUACUGAAGAAGAAAAAGAAUUAUACAAAGAUCUUGUAUUCGACUUGAAAGAUCUGAAGAGGGACACAGGAAUCGAGACAUUUUUGCAUAGCACAAAGGAAGAGUUACUCAUGUACAGAUGGCGAUUUCCUUCUUUGUCAAUCCAUGGCAUUGAAGGAGCUUUUUCUGGUUCUGGAACUAAAACAGUUAUACCUGCGAAGGUCAUAGGAAAGUUUUCAAUUCGUCAAGUUCCUAAAAUGAAUCCAUCUGUUGUAGAGAAGCAGGUAUCUGACUACUUGGAAAAUAAAUUUGAAGAACGGAAGAGCCCGAACAAAAUGAAAGUAUCCAUGGUCAUAGGUGCACAACCCUGGUUAGCAAAUAUGGGUGAACCCCAAUACCUGGCUGCUCGGAAAGCAGUCAAAAGAGUGUUCAAUGUUGAUGCAGACAUGAUCCGUGCAGGAGGUACAAUUCCAAUAGCAAAAGAUUUUGAAGACAUUUUAGGAAAAAGUGUUAUGUUACUUGGUGUUGGUGGACCAGACGAUGCUCCUCAUGGCCAGAAUGAAAAAAUAAGCAUGCACAACUACAUUGAAGGAACAAAAUUGUAUGCAUCUUUUCUGCAAGAACUUCCAUCCUUCUGAUCACACCGCCGCACAUACAGUACAUACGGCUUUUCUUUUUAGCUACAUCAUCCAUAUGCGCUACAUUUUUGGGAAUAAGAAGAAAAGAAACAGUAAAUAGUCAUUGGCACUAUCAACACCACAACAUAACACAAACUAACGGAACAGGGAAAAAAAUAACAUUGUGUUGUGAAAGCCUCUAACAUAGCCAUUAUAUCUAUGCACCGUAUUGGCAGAUAUUAGUUUUAUUGCUACUAUAACUAUGUUUAUAGACAAUACUGUAUUUUCAGCAUCUCAAGGCAAAAUCCUGGCAAUGGCAUAAUGCUAGUCUUUAAGAAUAUGAAAAAUUCUAGAUGCAUAUCACUAAGAGUCCAAGAAUCCUUCUGAUGAAUGUUUCAUUGCACUUUAACCAUUCCUACUGCUGAUAGUGACACUGCUGUGUAACCCUUCAUGUGUGGUGUGCUUUGAAUAUGUAUUUAGAGCUAAUUAAUUGGACUGCGUGCAUCCUUGUGUGUAAAAAAAUAAAACGUGUGUUUUGCAUUUAGCAUA